UAGGUUCUUAGAUCUGCUUUAUCGAGCAUGCGCAAUUGAAAGGAAGUGCACUGAUAGCAAAAACAAAAAUAGUUUCCUAGAAAUCUGUUUCAUUUUCUUUCUGUAUAAACAGACAUUUAUUAAUAUUGCGUAUACAUUUCUAUAAACGCUGUUCUCUACACUUUGAUUCACUUACUAUUCAGUCAUGGUUUCACAGGAAAUUCAAACCCUGUCAGAUGAACAGUUAAGAUCUACUCUUGUAGAGUACAAUGUAACAGUGGGUCCCAUUACAAAAACCACUCGGAAACUGUAUGAAAGAAAGCUAGCUCGGUUAUGGAAACAAUUACCGGCUAUAAAAUUAUCUUCUGAUGAAAAGGAUGAUGAGGAAGAGGAAGAGGAAGAAGAGAUAAAACAGUGUCGAUCAUCAGCAUUUAGUACAUCUACAAUGAAGAAUAUGAAAGGAUAUGCUCAUGUAAAUAAACAUUCUGAAAGAAAGCGUCCCAGAGUUUUGCAUAGAAAAAUGUCUUCUACUGUGUCAAAGAUCAGCAAGGCAAAUAAUUUGUUAGACUACUCAAAUUAUCAAUAUAGCCAAUUAGAAGUUCCAUGCGAUGCUCAUAUGACUGACUGUUCUACUGAUGUGAAUCCUGUAUCUGAAGACAGCCAAUCCACUGAAGAAAGUUCUGUGUCCAAAUAUAGGCAGUCUACUGCUAACGAUACCACUUCACAAAACGAGUGGAUUUCUAACAUGCAAAAUAAAAAUAUAGAUUUUGGGAAUAUCUUAGGGUUAACUUUUAAAAGGCCUGACAAAAAUUGUUCUGGAAAGGUUUUGCAGGUAGACAAACCUAAAACCAAAUUGAGCUGGAAUGUUAAAUCAAAUUCAGAUGUUAAAAAUAAUUUGAACAAUUUAAAUAAAGACUAUUUCACUGAAGAAAAUAUUUCGAGCCAAAAACAUUUCGACUAUUCUGCCUUGCAGCAGCCAGUAACAACUAUAAAAGGCAGUGAUUUCGUUUAUGGUAUAUCACCAAUACCAGAAAAUGUUUCUGGCAGGUAUAGUUUUGCAGUACCUCGGAUUGCAUGGAAAUCACUUGACAAAUCCAUGCACACCAACUUGCCUUAUCAAACUGUUUCUUCAUUAGACAAAAAUUGUAAUCCUGUUAGGAAAAUGUUGCCUCAGUAUUAUAAUCAGAGUGUAGAUGCUGCUGUAAUAUCAGCUGAAAAUACUCGUGAAAUAAGGCAACACUCUACCACUAAUACAGGUGUUUUGCAGCAAAACAAAGAAACAAAUGUUUCCUCGAGAAGUCAGUUUUCAGAUUACAGUACCCAGUUUACAUCACCAUAGUUAGCGGUAUUGAAGGCCUGCUUAUUUUCAUGUUUUCUAGUGGGGACUUGAAAUCACUUUGGAAUUGUUUAUUGAGUGCUUCACUUACCCUCUUGUGGGGUCUGCAGUCAGUGAGCCCUUUUCGUCAAACAUUGAUCAUAUAUAUAUUUAUAUUUAUAUGUAGUUGCUUUGUGUCUGUUUAUCUCCCACCACUGCUUGAUAAAUGGUGUUGGUGUGAUUACGUUCGCAGACUUAGAAGUUCAGUAAAAGAGGUCAAUAAUAAAGUACCAGGCAUUAAAAA